AGUGAUUUGAAUACGAUUCUAUCAUUCGACUCACCCGACGACGACAUAAUCCCCAAAGAGCUACAACAAAUGCCGUUUCCGGAUAGCGGUGAUCCAUUCGUGCCUGGUCCUUCGCAUGUUGAUUCGGUCAGUUUCUGUUCUGUUGAAUAUUAA